GCCGCCGGCGGGUCAUGUGACGGCCCAAGAUGGCGGCGCUCACGGUGGCGGUGCCGGUGCUGGCGCUGCUGGGGCUGUGCCUGAGCCCCGCGGCCGCCGCCACUCCCCUGGUGAUCUGGCACGGCAUGGGAGACAGCUGCUGCAACCCGGUGAGCAUGGGCUACAUCCAAAAACUGGUGGAGAAAAAAAUCCCGGGGAUUUACGUCCUGUCGCUGAAGAUUGGGAGCAACAUGAUCCAGGAUAUGGAGAACAGCUUCUUCAUGAACGUCAACGAUCAGGUGAGGGAGGUGUGCAGCCAGCUGGCCACGGACCCUCGGCUCCAGGGAGGCUACAACGCCAUGGGCUUCUCCCAGGGAGGCCAAUUCCUGAGGGCUGUGGCCCAGAGGUGCCCUGUUCCUCCCAUGCUCAACCUCAUCUCCGUCGGGGGACAGCACCAAGGGGUGUAUGGCUUCCCACGCUGUCCCGGGGAGAGCUCCCACGUCUGCGACUGGAUCCGCAAAACCCUGGACCUGGGAGCCUACACCAAGGCAGUGCAGGAGCACUUGGUCCAAGCAGAGUAUUGGCACGACCCCCUGAAGGAGGAGGACUACAGGAAGAACAGCAUCUUUUUGGCUGACAUCAAUCAGGAGAGGGGCAUCAACCAGACCUACAAGAAAAACCUGAUGGCUCUGAAGAAGUUUGUGAUGGUGAAAUUCCUCAACGAUACCAUGGUGGACCCUCCGAUCUCUGAGUGGUUUGGGUUUUACAAAAGUGGCCAAGCCAAGGAGACCAUCCCACUGCAGGAGACCUCGCUGUACAAAGAGGAUCGCCUGGGGCUGCAGGAGAUGGACAAAGCAGGGAAGUUGGUGUUCCUGGGGGUGAAGGGGGAUCACCUGCACUUCUCAGAAGAGUGGUUUGACAGCACCAUCCUCCCUUUCCUGCAGUGAAGCUCCUCUGGGAGCACUGGGCAGGGUUUUUCACUGUAACUAACACCAGCCACUGUGCAACAGCACUUGGUGCAGCCAAGCCUGCAGGGAUUUGGGGAACAAGAGGGGGAGGUUUAGCUCAGCAGGGGUUGCCAGGAUUCCACUCCCACCUGGGCUGAGCCUUGCUCUGGCUCUGACACACUCCAGGGCCUGGUAAAUCCACCUCAGUUCUCAGAGCUGUGCCAGAGCUUUGUCCUCAAUCCCCUGUUCCUGCAGGACACACUGGCAGUAUUAACCCAACUCAGUAGGGAUCAGCAAAGCUCUCAUGGCUGUGUGCAGGGGAAAUGUUACAGCCCACCCUUCAAGAUGGGGGGAAAAGGCCAAAUUUAGGGGUUUCUGGGAGAAAGAAAAAAAAAAAAAAGAGGGUUUGGAAUUCAGCAGUAUUAACAGCUUGAAGAGUUUUCAACUAAUGGCUUGGUUUCUGUUCUUUUGUACAAAUGAAAUAAAUAAAGAACUUUCCAUCUAACCAACUAAAAAAGAA